UAACGCCUUCCAAAAUCGCUUUCUCUUCUCCUUUCUUUGUCUCUUCUUUUCUCCCACUUUCUAUCAUCAAUUAUUCUUUCUCCUGCUAAUAGCAUCAUGUCCUCGACUUCUAGCACAAUCAGUUUGCGUAGGUCUUGUCAGGCGUGUGCAAAGGUCAAACGCCGCUGUGACCGACUCAUCCCCAAGUGCAGCCGAUGCUCCACCAAAGGCAUCAACUGCGAGUACGUGAAUGCCCCCCUCGCAGCCGGCAUGACAUCGAAGAUUCAAAAGCAAAAGCCCAUUCGAGCCAUUACUUCGAUCCCUCCGUCUCUAGAUAUGGAAAUUCUCAAGACCUUCGAGCCGUCCAUUGUUCGGUUUAUCGUGAACGGAAUGCGCGAUUUCCCCAAUGCAUUCGCCCGAGACGUCAAAACAUCGUUCAUCCACCCCGAUCUCUACGAUAAUCUAUCCCUCCCUGGUCCAAUCCAGGAUCUUCACAUUAUCUGCGCCUCAUACAAUGCCAAUCCCUCUUCCCAGCUCCUCUGCCGCGUCCUGAAACAAAAGUCCGCCGAAAUCCGCCGACAGGCCGCCCGGGCCAGCACAUUCGAAGACCUCCUCGUCUGCAUCCAGGCAUUGGUACUUGCUCAAUGUAUUCUCGUAUUCGACAGACCCGAAAACGAUGACCAGUAUCUCGAAAGCACAACCAAUAUGCUCACAGGGCUUGCGUGGAAACUGUGGCAACAAGCCCCGAUUCAACUCCCACAUACUCUUAGCCCCCGACGGGCAUGGCUACUUGCGGAGAGUGUCCGCCGCACCAUUAUCGUUGCGUACAUUCUCCGCAGUGCCUAUUCCUUUGAUAAGCGCAAUUACUCGGUCCGAACACCCUUCAUCGAGGCGUUGCCAUUCGACGUGCGCACGUCACUCUGGGAUGCACCGGCAGAGAACUGGGAAGAAGCUGCAGUGACAUCACAAUCAUCUAUGGUGUCUUUGCGAGAAUACUCAGGGAUGCUGGAGUCUGGACGGGUCCAUGGGAUUUCUGCAUUUGGGAAUUUGAUACUGGCUGCUUGUAAGGGGAAGACAGCGGCUACAGUUCAAUUUCCGUCAAGACAUCCCACUCUAGUGAGCUGAGCUUGCUUAGAAUCAACACAUGGAUUUAUGGAUGAGGAUUUUGCCAAACAAAAUUACAUCAUUUGACGUGAUUACUCGAAUUGAGGCUGAAUUAUGAUCUACCGCAAAAACUGCUUCAGAAGGCCCGAUAGCAUCUCAGUC